CAGUAGUGAGGCCGCACGCCGUCAAGUAUGUCGUGUCGGCAGUGCAGCGCGCGGCGCGGGCGGCCGCGCUCGUGACGUGACAUGUGAUGUUCCGGAGACGCGCGCUCCGGCGGCGGCUGGCAGCGGCCGGCGCGCCCUCCGCGCCCGACGAGCAGCUCAAGCGGCUGGCCAGCGCGCUGGACGCGGGCCCGCUGUCGGGCUGCGUGCCCGGCGCGGCGCUGCGCCUGGCGGCCGCGCGCGCCUUCCGCUUCCCCGACCUGCGGGACCUCGCCGAGCUGCGCCGUCUGCCCUCCUGCGAGCACCCGCUCUGCUGCAACCCCUAUCACUUCAGCCGACUGUGCGAGCCCGAGACUCCCCCACCACCGUACAGUCGAAUCGCAAUGGAAGAAGUAAAGAGUAAAGAGAAAGGUGAAAACACACAGGACGCGAGGAGGACAGACCAUGAGCGGCUGGGGACGGGAUCCCUCGCCACUGAUGGUGAAGAACGCCAAAGCUGGGAGUCAGAAUGGUGUCGUCUGGCGUACUGGGAGCUACAGCAGCGGGUCGGCCGCCAGUUCAGCGUGCGGGUCCGAGCUGUGGACGUGUUCGGUGGCGGCGGCGGCGCGUGCGGCUCCGGGAGAUAUGGGCUGUGUCUAGAUGCGCUCGAUAAGUGUGAACCGCAGGUUGAACAGGUGCGGAAAACUCGAGCAAAAAUCGGUUUGGGCGUGACUUUAUCCCUGGAGUCGGACGGCGUGUGGCUGUACAACCGCAGCCAGGAGCCUGUCUUCGUGAGCUCGCCAGCGCUGGACGCGGCGGCCGCUAAGGCCCUGCUCGUGUGGCGGGUUGCUCCUGGGCACUGCCUGUGCGUGUUCGACCCCGCGCGCCCCCCGCCCGCGGUGGCCCCGCCCCACGUGGGCCCCGUCGACCCCCGUUCCGUGCGCAUCUCCUUCGCCAAGGGCUGGGGCCCCAAGUACUCCCGCCGUGACGUCACCGCCUGCCCCUGCUGGCUCGAAGUCCUACUAGCUCCCCCGAGCUGACCCAAACAAUAAGUGUACUGUGAACGGUGAACUGUGAAGUGAUAGUGGAAAAUAGUGACCGGACUAUGCCUAUUUUUCGUGACUGCAUUUUUUUACCCAGUGGGUACGGUUGUUUAUCUGGCAAUAUUUAUUUUUACUGUACAUAAUUCAAUCCAUUAGCUGAUUUUUCUUUUGUUGUAAUGUUGUAUAGUUUUUUUCAACUCUGUCAAGUUGUAUUUGGCAAUUUGAAUGUCGAGUCAAGCUUCAAAUCAAAUCUUUUGUGGUUAUGUAGACCAUAAUUUUAUAUUAGCCAAUUAUACGUCAUAUUUACUGUGAAAACUUUGCAAUCGUUAAAAAUUAUAUUUUAGCUAGAUAUUGUGAAACAAUUUAUGUUGUACUAAUUUGUAUAGAACUCUGCUUUAAACGCGAGACUGUAUAUAGAAAUGUUAUAUGUACAUUAUAUAUAUUUGUAAUUAUUUAUAAUUAUAUGCCUUAUCUUAGUGAAUAAUUAUUAUUUAAGAUUUAGUUACAUUCUGCAGUUGUACCGUGAAUUUAAUUCGAUGAAAUUUGAAAUGCUUAAACUACACAGAAUCGCGCAAAAUAUCAAAUAAAACAAUUACUUUUUUAUGGCUUGCCAUCCUUUUUCCAUCUGAAGUUUAAGAAAAAGAAACAGAUUUGACAUUCGUGUAGUGUGGCAAAUUUAAAGAUAUUUUUUAUACAUUGCUAACAACUAUAGUCCGGGUCUUUUGGGUAAACAUUAUCGACAUCGACUUAUUUCCAUGGUACAGCUGCAGUAAAGUUUCAUUUUUGUACAAACAUAUAUAAAGUAAUUUUGUAUUGAGACGUGGUUAAGGGCUGUGUGAAACGCAUUUUUAAAAAGAUAAAUAUCUCAAUUUGUGGGAACAACUCAAUCCCUAGAUUACUAGUUUUUUUAAAAGAUCUGUCAUCGUACAUACAAAAAUAGUGCAAUCGAGUUUUUAAUAGAUUAUAAUUAUAACCGUUAAACUUUGUGCCUUGCGUUGUAUUCAAAUAAUUAUAAUCCGAAAUUUAUAUAGGGUAAUACAGUCAAUUUCACUGGCCUAUAAUAUUAAGUAUACAUUAAUUAUAUUAUACAAAAUAAUUGUUUAAACUCGAAUUUAAAGAGUGUGCGUAGACAGAGCAAGCAAUUUGACAAUAAGAUAUAUUCUAGUCUUUAACAGGCUUGCUUUGUCUAUUUUGGUUAGUUAUGGCCAGUCUAUGGAUAAGUAUUUUUUUAAUUGGAAUAAUGUCUUUGGUAAACUAAACAUAAUAUUUGAUCUACAAACCUUAUUUAUUGAAAACAUUUAAAUAUUAUGUUGAAUGUUGAUACUUUUGCAUCACAUUUUUUUGUUUUAUACAUAGCUCCUUUAUUUUAAAAGCUAUGUCUGAUUAUGAAUAUAUAGACACUUGAUUCUUGAUUUGAAAAAUUGGAAUUGUAUCACAUGAAUUAAAUAAAUAAUUAUUUAUUUUUAAUAUAUUGCGAAACAGCAAAUAGCAACAAUUUUCCACAGUGUAAGUGCCAUUUUGAAACGCUUUUGAAUGAUAGGAGCUGAUUUGUUUUUAUAAUAAUUAUAUAAUGAAAUGUGUAAAUUAUUGUUUCAUAAUUGAUAUUUAUGUAUAUAAACACCAGUUUAGUCAUUACCUUAGACUGAUCAAGCGCCUUAAUAAAAACGUAUUUUCUAACAAUGUAUAAAAGUUAAAUAUAUAUUACAAAAAAAAAGAUAUUUCAAAAUUGACAUUGACAGUUCACCUAUACAGAUAAUAAAAGUGCGACUGGCUGUAAAAUGCAUAAUGAUCGAACUUAAAACAGGUCCAUAAUAUAAAUUGUUCUAUAUUGCAAUGUACUUAUUGUAUAUUAUGUAUACAUUGUUGAAAAUAUGUGAAAGCUAUAUAAAAUUGUAGAUAGCGACUGUUCUCUAUGAUUCGCUGAUUAUUGUUAAGCGUGAGUCUGACUGAGAUGGAUGAGAUUAGGAUACGAUAAAUUAUAAAUAAAGAGAAGAAUAUUUUUAA